AUGCAUGGUAUUCUUGGUAAGGGCGACUGCGAAGUCCAAACGGUUAAAGCUCUGGCGACCCGCUUAGCUCCUCUGCCGCUCGGGGAGCUUCAGUCUCCGGAAGACGCUGCGGCUGCGGCUGCAGCGGUAGCCAGCGAUGGGCUAGACAGUGGUGAUGAGAAGGGCGAUGUCAGACUACAUCCCAGGAUUGCUGUUGCUCUGGGAGUCGACCGUCGAUACCACAAAUGGCUGAUGCUAGCCCGAGCGGGGUCCACGCUACCAUGUGCUUUGGGCUUUGUCAAGUGCGUCUACGCCGGCUGGGAGGAAUGGGAGGGCCGAGGUCUUCGAGUUCGUAGUGCUGUAGAAUUCAGUACCACUAUGAAGGAGAUCUUACUGGCUGCUGCUUGGGUAUUACUACCUCUUUACUCUUCUACCAGUAUAGUCACGUUGGGGAAGGAACAAGAUUGA